ACAAUGGUCCAGGUUAAAGCUCUGCCUGUGUUUCUAUGUGUCAUGGGUUUUCUCUCAGAGACUCUGUGCUCUUUAACUUUGGAGGCAGAAGUUGGAGAUAAAGUCACUAUUUGGUGCCAACAUGACCUGAGUGUUACAGGUUUUAUCUCCUGGUAUAAACACACGAGAGAUUCAGCUCCACUUCUUCUCGGGUGUAAAAAAAUUAUAACAUCAGCUCAAUUAGUAGCGUGUCACUUCUUUACUGAGAGUGAGAGAAUAGUGAUGUCUGUUCAUGAGAAGAACACGUCUCUCACCAUCACUGCAGUAAAUGUCUCUGAUACAGGACUCUAUUACUGCAGCUACAUAGACCUGAACCAAGUUAAAUUCAGUAACCCGACCUCUUUAAAUGUAAAAGAGGGAAAUAUAAAAUUUUCUGAGGGCAAACAAACAGGCUGUGUGUGUUCUGCUGUGUCCUUGUUGCUGACUGCGGGGUUUGGUUUGGCGACUGUAAUUAUUUUCUGUGUCCUGAUCUUCAUUAUACUGAAGCACAGAAAAGUUAACACAGGUUAA